UACAACUCACAAGAUGGCGCUGUCACACAAGGAGCUGACAACACUUCUCAAUGUUUUGUCUGAGGAGACAGUAAAUACCCACUCAUUUGAAAAUAUAGCACAAGCCUUUCACCAUUAUUUUAGUAAACCGGACCAUUUCAAAUUAGGAAUGUCAAUUUUAAUUAUUUUACAAAACCAGGAUUUAUUGCCGAUGUCACCUCAACGUUUAACAGCAGUUUUUUUAUUGUGGGAGAUGUAUAGGAAUGAACCUGUUGGUUUGAAUCCAUUUGCUCCUGUAUUUUCUCACUUACUGAAUCCAACAGAUGAUGAAAGGACCAGCCAGUCACUUGGAUCACUGCCAACAUUAUCCAAAUCUGAAAGAUAUUUAUUAUCACAGCUUAUUACAAGUCCACCUAGAGAGCUUUUUAAGAAAAUACCACGUCAGAUAUGUGCUAUGGAUAUUGGCAGUAAUGUGACUCCACUAGAUAUCACAGGUCUGCAGAUGACACUAGCUGAAAGACAAUCAGAAAUGCCCCUCCAAUCUAAAGCUGCACUCCCCUGUAUUGUAAGUGAUCCUGAUCCAGAUGCAAGCCCUGGGUCUGAUUUCUCAGCUGCCAAUCAAGUGUUAGAAUCUUUGGUUACUGGUCCCCAACCACCAAUGGAGAACAAUCUGAGACCAGAAUUUAUCAGAUUAGCACCUCCUCUCCAUACAUGUGAGGAUGAGCUUGCAUGGAUGAAUCCAGUUGAACCAGACCAUGAAAUAUCAUGGGAUAUGACCAUGUGUGUUAGUAACAAUGCUGGAGUAGAAGUCAAAAGACUGAUGGCUAAAGCAUUCAAAGGUCCAUUAAUUUUACAACAGCAACAGCAAGUAUUGAGUGAAUUAGAAAAAGACCCUAAAUUAGUAUAUCACAUUGGGCUGACGCCAGCUAAGUUGCCAGACUUAGUAGAAAACAACCCCUUAGUAGCCAUUGAGGUGCUGCUACGACUCAUGCAAUCUAAUCAGAUUACUGAAUACUUUUCAGUAUUAGUCAAUAUGGAAAUGUCAUUACAUUCUAUGGAAGUAGUCAAUAGAUUGACAACGGCUGUAGACUUACCAACUGAAUUCAUUCAUCUCUAUAUUUCUAACUGUAUAUCAACAUGUGAAACAAUUAAAGAUAAAUAUAUGCAAAAUAGACUCGUCAGACUGGUGUGUGUAUUUCUCCAGUCAUUGAUUAGGAAUAAAAUUAUCAAUGUACAGGAUUUGUUUAUAGAGGUGCAAGCUUUCUGUAUCGAAUUCAGUCACAUCCGGGAAGCUGCCGGAUUAUUCAGAUUACUCAAGACUCUAGAUACUGGGGAAAUUCCUCCAAAGUCAAAAUGA